ACCCUGGUUGUUUCGAACAGCCUGUUGCGAAGUCACACCAUGGAUUUAAAUGCCCAGCCCCGCGCUGAGUCUUCUGUUGAGAUUUACCGCAGGGAGCGCCAAGAACGAAUCGAACGACUCAAAAGACAAAAAUCUCACGAAACAACUGAGACACCAAAUAAUCAGGCAAAUAAUCAACAAAAACAACAUAAAAUUGAUCAUGAUUAUAUCGUAAAUGUGCAACAGCUUCAGCUUCCUCCGGGCUGGUUGGACUGCCCGGGGGCAGGGGGAGAAAUUAGUCGGCUAAUUCCUUCGAAAGUCCCGCUCGGGGAGAACUUUAAUGACUCAAUUGUGCCUGGAAAGAGGUACUCUUGCAGGCAGGUGAUCCGUCAACAGAAUGUGCUGGGGAGGAAGAUUGGGAUGGUGAUUGAUCUUACGAACACGAGUAGGUAUUAUUCGGUUAGUGACUGGAAGAAUGAGGGGAUUAGGCAUGUUAAGAUAGCGUGCAAGGGGCGUGAUUCGGUGCCUGAUAGUGGUGCUGUGAACCGGUUUGUUUAUGAGGUUUCGCGGUUUAGGGAGAGAGAGGGGAGGAAGUAUGUGCUUGUGCAUUGUACUCAUGGGCAUAACAGGACGGGGUUUAUGAUUGUGCAUUAUGUGAUGAGGGCGAUGUGUGUGUCGGUGACUCAGGCGAUCAGGAUGUUUGCUGAGGCACGUCCGCCUGGAAUUUAUAAAGCGGAGUAUAUUGAGGCUUUGUAUGAGUUUUAUCAUGAGGGGAAGCCUGGUGGAGUUGUUUGUCCUGUGACUCCGGAGUGGAAAAGGUCUAAUGAAUUGGAUGACGAGGAGGAGGAUGGAGCUUCUGGUUCUUCGGGACAGGAGAAACAUGAGGCGGAGAUUGUAUCAAUGACAAAUGAUGACAUUUUGGGAGAUGGUAUCCCUUCUGCUCAGCAAGAAGCAAUGAGACAGUUCUGCUAUCAAUCACUAAAGAUGGGAACUGCAGGAGUACGAGGCCACUCACAGUUUCCGGGAUCACAUCCAGUUUCACUGAACAGUGGCAACUUGGAACUGUUAAAGCAGCACAAAUAUUAUGCCACUUGGAAAGCUGAUGGAACGCGGUAUAUGAUGCUGAUUACCAAGGAUGGAUGUUACCUAAUUGACAGGAAAUUCAAUUUUCGACGGGUUCAGAUGAGGUUUCCUUGCAGAGCUACUAGUCAAGGUUUACCGGCACAUAACACUCACCACUUUACACUACUGGAUGGGGAGAUGAUAAUUGAUACUUUGCCAGACUCACAUAAGAAGGAAAGAAGAUACUUGAUAUAUGAUAUGAUGGCAGUCAAUCAAAUCUCCAUUACAGAGCGACCUUUUUGUGAACGUUGGAACAUGAUUGAGAAAGAAGUUAUUCAACCAAGGAACCAGGAGCGUUAUAACAUAUGUGGGAGUAGAAAUCCUUGCUACAACUAUGACUUGGAACCAUUCAGGGUCAGAAGGAAGGACUUCUGGUUUCUUUCAAGCGUUCCCAAAGUUCUGAAGGAAUUUAUCCCCAAGCUUCCACAUGAUGCAGAUGGCCUUAUUUUCCAGCGCUGGGAUGAAUGUUAUGUCCCUCGUACAUGUGAACAGCUCCUGAAGUGGAAAUAUGUGACAAUGAACUCGGUGGACUUCUUGUUUGAGAUGGUUAAUACGCGCCAGCUACUAUUUCUCUAUGAGCGGGGAAAGAAAAAGCUUAUGGAAGGGAACAAGAUUGCUUUCAAGGGCGAUACUGAUCCGUCCUUGUACUCUGGGAGGAUUGUUGAGUGUACCUUGGCAGUCGAGGAAGAAGAAGAGAAAGUAUGGACCUUGAUGCGGAUCAGGCCAGACAAGUCGACCCCAAAUGAUAUCAACACCUAUCAAAAGGUUAUGAGAAGUAUCAAGGACAACAUCACUGAGGAGGUUCUGUUAGAUCACAUAAAUGAGACUCUCCGUCUGCCAAUGUAUGCUAUUGAUCGAUAGAUCAGUGGUAAGGAUUACCUGACAAUA